AUGGCAAGUUUUGACAUGAUUGCCGAUUUGAAGCCUAAGAAAAACAUGUGGAAGAUCAGGGUUAAGAUUAUCCGAAUUUGGAAGCAAUACUCGGUGGUUGGUGGAGAGAGUAUUGAAAUGGUCUUGGUCGAUUCAAAUGGUGAUAAGAUUCAUGGUUGUUUUAAGAAAGAUGAGGUUGCCCAGUAUGAAGGUUUGAUCGGAGAAAGUGAAUCUAAACUGAUGGCGAACUUUAUUGUUACGCAAUCUUGUGGAAGCUAUCGUACUACCCCGCACCCUUACAAGAUCGUGUUUCUCCCCACAACAAGAGUGAGAAACUGUGAAGAUUUACCACGUAAUUUGACUGGUUUCAACCCUGUAAAUUACAAAGAUCUCAUGUCUGGUAAUCUAGAUGGUGAUUUUUUGGUUGAUGUUAUGGGACAAGUGUUGGAGAUUUCUCAUCUUGAUGUUGUGUCUGUCCAUGGCAAAGAUACACCUAAGCUUGCUCUCGAACUACGUAACAUAGAAGAUGAUCGUCUUCCAAUUGUGUUGUGGGGAAAGUUUCCUGAGGAUGUCAAUGACGCUGUGCUAAGGGGAAAUGAACAUAGUGUCUCCAAUGCGUAUAAUGUGUCGGUGGUGGCAUUGAACCCCGCAAUGUCUGAGGUUCAAGAAUUUAAAAGAGUGUUGCCUAAUGAUGGUUUAUCAUUGACCAUCAUGGAGUCAAAGCCACUUGCUCCGGUCACGAGCGAAAUAGAUAAAGAUGAUUUCUUCCUCCACACACCAAGGAAGACUAUCGCGGAAGCCAAAGCUUCCAGACAGGCUGAGAAGUGUAUUGUGAUGUGCACCAUUGCCGGUAUAGAUUCUUAUAUGGGGUGGUGA